AACACCGCGGAGGAUCACCAAAGGACUGUGAAUGAAACCGACUCUGUAUUGAGAAAGCAAAAUAGCGCUGCCGGUAACAAAGACGGGAAGCGGACAGAGAAACCUGUGUUAAAGAAAUGAAAAUAGAUUACGUUAUUUGCCUGUUUGCGGGGGUGGGAUAAAAUCCUACAGACAGAUAUCGGUUGGCCAAUCAUCGAUCACCCUGCAUUGGAUUGCUGAGCUCUUGUCCAAUCAGCUUUGCACUUCGCCAGCGCGUCACACGCAUAACGGCCAAUGGGCAUCGCGUAGGUCUCGCCGAAGCAGGAGUUCCCUGUAGCUGUGGAUAGGGGAUUAAUGGAAGGUGUCUGACUGUCGAAUUAUGCGAACUACAUAGUGCACACGACCGAAUUGCUUCAUCAACAUAAACAAGCAAACGACCAGGCUACCGAAAAGGUACGGUCAAGUCGGCGUGCUGCGAUAGGAAUCGCGCGCGGACGGUGAAACAAGGGCUCGUGGCGCUCAAGAGGAAAGUCGAGGGCCUCGCUGAGGGCUAGCAGACCGAGGAAGAGGAUCGAGAGAAGAAGACGGGAUCUUAGUGAUAUUUCAACAGACCCCAGGAGAGCCGAGAGACAUUACCGAACCCGAAGUACUGCAACCAGACAGCUACUGUUAGCUAGCUAGCGCUCGCUCGCUAGCUAGCUAACCAACUAACCAGCUAGCGUUACUAUCAACCUCCAGACUGUAUGUGAUCUGACAGCAUACUGCGAUCCAGCGAGUUAUGAUCAGACAUAGCUAGUGCAGCGGACGAAGAAAUUGUAUGAGCAGUAAGGAGACGGAGUCUGAAGACAGUUGGCGUAAAGAAAAAGUCGAUUUAGAUCUGUUAUACCUGACCUGCAAUCAUGGGCAACGCGCCCACCGCCAAGAACAAGGGCAAUGAGAUGGAGAGCGUUAAGGAGUUUCUCGCUAAAGCCAAAGAAGAUUUCCUAAAGAAAUGGGAGAACCCAGCACAGAACACUGCAGCUCUGGACCAUUUCGAGAGGUUGAAGACUCUAGGCACUGGCUCGUUUGGACGAGUCAUGCUAGUCAAGCACAAAGAAUCAGGCCAGCAUUUUGCCAUGAAGAUCCUCGACAAACAGAAGGUGGUGAAGCUGAAACAGAUAGAACACACGCUGAAUGAGAAACGGAUCCUGCAGGCCGUCAGCUUCCCGUUCCUCGUGCGGUUGGAGCACUCGUUCAAGGAUAAUACUAACCUGUAUAUGGUAAUGGAGUAUGUUCCUGGAGGAGAGAUGUUCUCUCACUUGCGUAGAAUCGGCCGUUUCAGUGAGCCUCACGCCCGAUUCUACGCCGCCCAGAUAGUUCUGACCUUUGAAUACCUUCACUCACUCGAUCUUAUCUACCGAGAUCUGAAGCCUGAAAACCUGCUCAUAGACCAGCAGGGCUACAUACAGGUAACAGAUUUUGGAUUUGCUAAACGUGUAAAGGGCAGGACCUGGACACUGUGUGGCACACCUGAGUACCUGGCGCCAGAAAUCAUCCUCAGUAAAGGUUAUAAUAAAGCAGUGGACUGGUGGGCUCUGGGAGUGCUGAUCUAUGAAAUGGCUGCCGGUUACCCUCCGUUCUUUGCCGACCAGCCCAUCCAGAUCUACGAGAAGAUUGUUUCUGGGAAGGUUCGCUUCCCCUCACAUUUUAGCUCUGACCUGAAAGACAUGCUGAGAAACCUGCUGCAGGUAGAUCUGACGAAGCGCUUCGGUAACCUCAAGAACGGCGUCAACGACAUCAAAGGCCACAAAUGGUUUGCAACCACCGACUGGAUCGCAAUCUACCAGAAGAAGGUGGAAGCCCCCUUCAUCCCUAAGUGCAAAGGCCCUGGUGACACCAGCAACUUUGACGACUACGAUGAAGAAGAAAUCCGGGUCUCUUUCACAGAGAAAUGUGGAAAGGAGUUCGGUGAAUUCUAGAAGCAGCAGCGGAGGAGAGGGAUGGAGAGAAAUUAGAUGUGGGGCAACACAGAGAAGAUAACGUUUUCCAGGGUGAUGAUGGACUGGACUGAGCCUUAACCGAUAACAACAACAUAGAGCCCUCACACACAGAUGGAGGGAGAAGAAGAACAAAGUCCUGAGAGAGACGCCAGCAGUGUUGCCUUUUCAGAUCCUUCGUCUCUUGUUACUUGUCCAUUUUCAUGUUUUCCCUCUUGUUUGGUAGCCAGGGUCCAUUGGGCAGAGAUUCGGUCACUUCUCUGUGGCUGGCUGGUAUGGGGAUAUUUGUGACUACUACUUUUGUUUUUCCAGAGACGUAGAGGUUACGUUCUGGUACUGAAUUUUGGCUUCUGCAGAGAAAAUUACCCAAUUCAUAUAAAUAUUUUUUUUUUAUUAGCAAAGGUGUCCUUGCUCUGUAGUUCUCCACCCUGCCACAUCAUGUUUACUUCCUGUGCACCUAUUAGCAUCCAAUACCAAAUCAAACCCACUUACAGCGUUCAAGAGAUCUGGCUUUUUGUUUGACACGUCACCCAUUUCUCAUUUGGAUUUCGAGCAUCACACAAGCAUCCUUCAAAUGUUUCAUUGCGUAUUAAUUUCCUACUGUGCUCUAGGAUCAGGCAGAAUCAGCCGCUUAGUAUAAAUAUUGUUAAUUUGGAUCAUCAUUCGUCAUCCUCUUGAUUAUUCAGUGUAUUUUAAGCCAGUGUUGAAAGUAGCCACUGAUAAGACUGGAACACUUCGUAAUAUUUCAGAUCUGUAGCAUGUAAGCAUACUUGAAGCUCCAAAUCCAUUAUUUUACAGGUUUUCACAGAUGGCUAUGAUUCUAAGAUACAUUUAAAGAGAUGAACCAACACAAAACGAAAAUGCUGGUUGUUUUUUUAAAAAAAAAGAUGCUUUUAAAGGAAAACGUUAAAGAAGAGCACUGUUUCUGUGGUUACACCGGGUUCCUGGUGGAUGAUGUUGUUGGGUAUUUUAUAUUAUUCUUUACUGCCGUAAAAUAUCGUCCAAUGAUCUGAUCAAAAUUUGUUCGCAUUCUAUCUUGCUCUGUAACUUUGUAGAAUGCAAGACAAUCUAAAAGCAAAACGUCCCCAUGUUGUUGUUGUUGGAAACUUCGUUUCCAGAAGUUUACAGUAAUGCGUAGUGUGUUGCAAAGAUUUUAUUUUGUUAUGCUUGAAAAGUUCCGCGAUGAUGAAUAUUUAAUUCGAUUUUAAAGGUCAAGUGUAACUUCUGUGCCAAUAGUGGCACCGAAUUGAACAGCAGUCUGUUUGAGUAACAGAAAGGACAUAAUAUAUUACAGUUGCUAAAAGUUUGAUACAAUUGAUUGUGUUUUUUGCUGCUGUUAGUGGCGCAGAAUUGACACGCUUCACCUUUAAAACCGAGAUGCAAACCAUCGCUUAUAGCUCAGCUGUUCGUUAAUUGCCAAUUUCAUGCAAAAAUCGAUAUUUGGUUUGUUAUGAUGAGUUAUGCAAGUUAAUUUUGCUGAAUGUUUGCAAACUACAGAUUGGUGCAAGGUUAAAAUUGGUAUUUCUAGCACCUUAUUUUUUUUUUUUUUUUAGAACAGAAAUAUCUAUUGGACACUGAAUGGCUGUGAUUCCAUUUAAAUUGCAUCAUAAGAUCAAAUUGCUGUUAAUUUCCCUCUAAGGAAAUGUUCUGUCACUGUAUCCUGCCAGAUCCACAGCCAAAACACACCAAAUUGGGUCCGUUUUUGAUCAUUCGGGUGCUGAUGUAGCUUUAGAAACAUAGACGAGCAAAGGGCAGGAGUUUAUAUUUCACAACACAUUAUGGUAGGUUGAGAUCUUCUCUCCCUCACGCUUCUCCCUGAAUGCCUGGCGAUUGCUGGUGUAAAAUGGGUGUACAAACAGGAGAAACCGCUCCAUCUCUUGGUUUGAAUAGCUGGAAAACAAAACAAUCAGUGUUUAAAGAAUGCGUCUGUACGUUUAGAUUGCUCCGCUGGUCUUGUGACGCUACAAGCAAUGGAAGAUUAUCCUAUUCUAACUGGUGCACUGAGUUAUAAUGUACAGGUUGGCUUUUGCAUGAGUUUUUUUUCCCUCAUCUUUGAGCUUGAUCGUGGAAGGGACUAUGGAAGGGUUCUGUUUAAAGCAACAGUGACUUUUGUGAAAUUAUGGCUCUCAUGCACCUUUCAUUACACCUUUUCUUUUGUCAGAGCAUGGAAAUAUGUGACAUUUUUGGCGGUAUUCAUAUGUCGUCCCUCUUUCUCUGGGUCCCGUCCCUUACUUUCAAAUACAUGGGUGUCACACAUCCUUCAGUCUCCCACUCAUCUGUUCAUUCACAUUGUCAGUCAUCUUUUUGUGUGUGUGUGUGUGUGUGUGUGUGUGCGCACGCAUUAGUCCAUGAUACAGUUUGCCUUUGUACACAUCCAUCUGUUUCCUACACUCUUCUAUUUGCUUUAAAAAAAAAAAAAUCAUGAGGAAAACAUUUGAUUUACUUUUGCAUAUUUUCUAAGUGUAUUUUCAGUAACAGGAGUCUCUUUCCUCCCGACAUGGGUAUGGUGAUGGUGUAGUCUAUUGUACCUUCUCGGGAAACAAUACUGUAUAUUCUCUGCCUUUAACAGUCUUAAUUACCUUCUGGAGAAGUUGACGGAUACCCGUAGGACACAUUGAGUAUGUUUAAAAACAAAUACACAGAAUAAUAUUUUGCAACAUGUAUCAUUCCAAUAAAGUUUUAAAUGUUAAAAUUACAAGAA